CCUGGCUUCGCCAGGGGCAUCUCCGCAAUUUCUUCUUCUUCCUGCUCUUGGCUAGGGUUUCGAUUUCGCGCAGAGGAGAGGAGGGACAAGACAAGUAGGAAAAGAUGACGACGGCGGCGCGGCCGACGUGGGCGCCGGCCAAGGGCGGGAACGAGCAGGGGGGCACCCGCAUCUUCGGGCCCUCCCAGAAGUACUCCUCCCGCGACCUCGCCGCCCACACCACCCUCAAGCCCAGAAAAGAGGGCCAGCAGACCCAAGAUGAGCUACAGAAGAGGAACCUUAGGGAUGAGCUUGAGGAACGUGAACACAAGCAUUACUCUUCCAAGGACAAGUCCUAUGCUGAAGAGAGAGACCGGCGGAAAAAUUCAAGUCAGCUGCUCUUAGAAGGUUCAAAGAGAGAGGCUGAGGAUAAGAUAGUUCCACGAGAAAUUGAUGCAGAUGAUUCCGACGUGGAACCUAGAAGUGAUGAUGAAAGCGAUGAAGAUGACGACGAUGACACUGAAGCUCUAAUGGCUGAGCUUGAGAGGAUUAAGAAAGAAAGAGCUGAGGACAAGCUUAGAAAGGAGCGUCAACAAGCAGAAGAGGAGGCCAAGAUGAAGGAGGCUGAACUGAUGAGAGGAAACCCAUUGAUCAAUAUUAACAAUCCCGGCUCCUUCAGUAUUAAGAGAAGGUGGGAUGAUGAUGUCGUAUUCAAGAACCAGGCACGUGGAGAGACCAAGACAGCCAAACGGUUCAUCAAUGACACCAUCAGAAGUGAUUUCCACCGCAAGUUUCUGCAUAGGUACAUGAAGUGAUGCUGCUGCUGUGUACAAGCUUUAUGUGGUCUGGCUGCGAAUGCCAUGGCCUCCUGGUCUGAGAUUGUGAUGUUUCUGUAUGAGUGAAGACCAAUCUGUAUGACAUAACUGUAACUUCUGAUUUAUUUCGAUGAUACUUUGCCCUCUUUCUGAAAGAAAGUUGAAUGUGCUCUGUAUAACUGAAAAUAUAUCCUGUUUGAAUGCAUUCUCAAAGAUGUUAGCCA